UCUCCUAUGUUUCUCCCGGCCAAACCAGAAGCCAAGCCAAAGAAGGCUGUGAGGAGGAGAACUAGGAAGAACCUGAAGGACUGGAGCACUGGCAGCUGGUCUACAGACACUGAAGAUCCUGCUUGUACCAACGUGAAGGAGAACGUGAAGGCAAGGAAGCCCAAAAGACGCAAGAGCCAAUCCCAUCAGACAAAAGACAGCAAGGACACUGCCAAUGAAAGAGAGGACAGCAAGGCUCCAGCCAAUCACAGAGAUGACAGCAAGGCCCUGGUUAAUGAGAGAGAAGACAGCAAGGGGUCAGGGUUCACAGGUGAGUGCGAGGACCUAUCCCUGUCUGGCCCAGAGAGCAGAACACACCAGAAAAAGAUCAGACAAGUUAAGAAGACCCCAGAGAAAGACAAAGACAAUUCCAAGACCCCACAAAAAGAGUCCAAUAACAGAGUCAACAUCCCUGAUUCAUUGCAGGAUGAGGAAGCUCUGAGUAAGCAGAACGGGAAGAAAAAUAAGGAUUUGGCAUCAAAUGGGAAAAGCAGAAAUGGGGAAAGACUGAAGGACUUCUAUGAAGAAUGUAUGGAAAUGAGCACUGGGCUGGAUCUGAGCCCAAACAAACAGCGCUGGUUCAAGGCAAACUUACUGGAAAGGCGGCGUCUGGAGAAGAAGUUGUCAUCUUGUCCCAACCCCUCAGGCUCAGAUGUGGAGCUAAGUGAGGAGAGUGACAGUGCUCUGCACCCUGACAGGCAGCCAGGGGACCAGGACAGAGCUCUACUCAACACGAGUCAAACACACAUCUCAACGAUAGAACAAGAUCUACAGGCCCAGCUGGAUGUCAUGAUGCAAGUGUUGAACACGUCUGACGAGGUGGAGCAGCUGGUGCUGAGGAACACUGGCUUGACAGACGCACUCCUACUGAGCCUGGCCGCAGCCCUGAAGAGGAGCCCCUCGGAGGUCACAUUCCUCAAUCUCAACCUCAACCACCUCGGACCCCAAGGGGCCCACAUCCUCCUGGACCUACUGGGGGCCAAGCCCCAGGUCAAAGGACUGCUCUUGUUUGGAAACCAACUGGGAGACCCUGGAGUUCUGACACUACUUAGUGGACUGGCUCAACUCCAGGAGAUAACAACGAGACACCCAACAUCACUACCAUGGAUUCAAGACCCCCAGGUCCAGGGCCAGAACCCGUUAACACACUCAGUUGUCCCCCUCCCUCCAACCACAAGGGGCACUCUCUACCCCUUUUCACUGUUGGAGCUGGACAUAGGAGGAAACGGGUUGAGCAGCAAUGGCCUGAGGAUGUUGACAUCCUACAUGAGACUCCACUCAAGACUGCAGUACCUGGGGCUGGCCCGGACCACUGGUGCGGACCUAGAGGCAUGGCGGGAGCUGUUUGACUCUCUGAAGGGAAACGUGAUACUCAGCCAUAUUAUCCUGGAUGAGAGUAACCUAGGAGACCAGGGAGCCAGGCUAUUCGCUGACACGCUGAGAGCCAAUCAGAGCCUGAGGCAGGUGGAUCUGGACAGUAAUGGGAUUGGUGAGGUGGGAGGAAGUGAAAUCAUAAAGGCACUGCUUUGUAGGACACAGUUUCCGCUGAGACACCUGAGUCUGGAGGGGAAUGGUAUCAGCACCGGACUAAUGGGUAGAAUUCAACAGGAAGUGAGAUUUAACGGACAGAAACAUAUUUUUUGACAUAUUACAGCACUGGAAUUUAUCCAAAAUGAUGAACAAGGUAGGGCACAGCCCAUAGUACAAAAGAGGAACAGUCAUAAUAGAUGUUGCGGAAAAGACAAAAUAAUAUGGAUAUGUCUGACUAUUUCUAGACAAGAUCAGCAUCUAGCUACUGUUGUCACGUCCUGACCAGUAAAGAGGUUAUUUGUUAUUGUAGUUUGGUCAGGACGUGGCAGGGGUGUUUGUUUAUGUGUUUCGGGGUUUGUUGGGUA